GUUCUUAGGAAAGGCAUGAGCAUGAGGGUGGAAGAAGUCCUUCACAUGGUUGGAGGGGCUGGGGAAACCAGCUAUGCCUCCAAUUCUAAGUUUCAGGAGAAGGCACUUCUCUUGACGAAGCCAGUGCUGGACGAUGCAAUAGGAGGGGUUUACAAGUCGCUACACCCUGCGAAGAUGGUGGUCGCCGACUUAGGUUGCUCCUCGGGCUCCAACACUUUCGUGGUGAUGUCCGAGGUGCUCCACGUCGUCGGCGACCUACGACGAAGUCUGCAGGAACGUCAGGAGCCACCGGACCGGAGAUCCAGUUCUUCUUAAAUGACCUUCCGAGGAACGACUUCAAUCACGUUUUCCGGUCUCUGGGCGAGUACAAGAGGAAGGUCGAGCAAGAGAAGGGGAAUCUGCUGGUGCCCUACUACGUGGUGGGAGUGCCGGGCUCCUUCUACGGCAGGCUUUUCCCACGUCGGAGCGUCCACUUCUUCCACUGUUCUGGAUCUCUCAACUGGCUCUCUCAGGUUGACCUCCUCUUAAACGGUAGUAUUCAAAGCAGUCGAUACUGCUGUCUGAUAGCUCAUUCUAGCUAUCCUGAAACGUCAGGUUCCUCAAGGACUCGACACCGAACGGAGUGCCUCACUCAACAACAAGAACAUCUACAUUACAGAGACAAGCCCACCGGAGGUUGUGACAGCAUAUCAACAACAAUUCCGACGAGACCUUUCAGAAUUUCUCAGGUGUCGGUAUGCAGAACUCAGCUACGAAGGCAGACUGGUGAUUUCAUUUGGAGGCAGGAAAAGUAAUUGCCCGACCUACGGACAGAUGAGACACCUCUGGGGACUCUUAGCUGAGGCCCUGAAUGCCUUGGUGUUAGAGGGAAUGAUAGAGGAGGACAAACUGGUAACCUUCAAUCUGCCACGUUAUUCGCCUUCCAUGGAAGAAGUGAAGGCAGUGAUCCAUGGUGAUGGUCUGCUCGAUGUAGAAGAAGCACAAGUUUUCGAGGCUAAUUGGGACGCGUUCGACGAUUCGGACGAUGAUUCUGCUGCAUUCGACAGUGAUCUAAGCGGCAAAAACGUGGCGAAAUACGUAAGAGCAGCGGUGCAACCAUUGAUUUCGGAGCAAUUCGGCGACGCCAUUCUCGAUGAACUGUUCGCUAGAUAUGCUGCAAAUGUUUCGAGGCACCUCCUUCAGCAGAAAACUAAGCAUAGCGUGUUUGUCAUUUCCUUGAAGAAAAAGAAUGAAAGCCAUCUCGCUGCUGGUUGAUGGACGGACUUGCAAUGUGCGUUCGACUCCAAACUAUUAUGUUGCACUGUAUACAUCGAAACCUAAGUCUUGUAACUCGUAAUAUGCCAUGUGAACAGCAUGCCUUUAGCAUCGAAUUCUAUUAAGGAAGUUGCUUCA